AAGAAAGAAGGGCAAUAACUAAAUAGAGUGCUACUAUCACUAUUCCUUAGAACAUGUUUCACUUGCAUAUCGUUGAUAACGCAGAUAGCGUUCUUAGCAGCCUGCUUUUUGCGCAUUUCGCUCUGCGCUGCGGGCAGCUACGAGAGCAGCUGCUGCUCAGCGCGAGUGCGGCGCCCUCUAAUCUCCUGUCAUCCAACACAGACGGCAGCGGAAAACCAAACCUCCCCCUCCGCUACCCUACAGAUGAUAAUGAUGAUAACAAUGGCAACGGCGUUAUGCGUGCAAACAACGAUAAUAUCAACGAAAAUGAUGACGUGAGUGUGCUGCAAAUCGCGGCGGCGAUGCUUCGAGGAGAUUUGACCAACCGCCGCCAUAGCGAGGAAGAGGUUGGUGAAGAUAGCACCGUGGAGUCGCUUCCAUGGCUGUGCGAAAUUGAGGAACGAAGAGAAGCGAUUCGAAAGUAUCCUUUCUUUCAAACGCCCUUUGAACGGGCGGAGCGUAGCUUAUCUCGCCUGCAUUCCUCCAACGCUAAGCAGGAAUCGGGAGCUCGGAAGGAUAUUGCGCCCUAUUUUCACUUUAUUUUAGCCGCGCAACCCUCCACGUACGAUUAUUUGUGUGAUUAUUACAGCGGCCGCCGUUCUUCCGCCAGCCUUCAUCUCACACGUUUGGUGAUUUUCUGCGUUGGUGGCGGCGACGAUAUCAAGCGAACGGUAUUUAUCGCUCAGAGGUUUGUUGAAGGGCUUGUGGGGGUGGAAGAAUCUAUGAAGAACAUCGACGGUGAAGAUAAAUUGGUAGAGGGCAACAAAGAUGACGAGGAGUGGGUAGAGCGGGUUGAUGGAACCCUAGAAACGCUAUCCGCUCAGUACGGAGUAGACAUUUUUGUCAUGGUAACAUAG